AUGCUCAUUGCUGGCAUGGAUGCUUAUGCACACCAUGGCAUCUGGGGCAGUAGCGAUACCAACGCAAGCGUUGGGGAAAAACCAUCACAAGUUAUUUGCACAUCAUCAGGACAGCAUCUACAUUUAUUACAAAAUAUAAAUUCCAAUGGAACAGACCUAUUGCACAACCACAACCCUUUUACCACAACGUUUCCAUCACCAGCAUCCCAUUUUGAAUGUCCACCUAAAAUGAUAAUGCCUCAUUAUCUGCAUCAUUUAAUCAGUAUUCAAGGAAAACGGUAUAGAAAACAGGGCAUUGAUAGAAAGCCCAGACAAGCGUAUAGCGCUAAGCAAUUGGAACGGCUUGAGAAUGAGUUUAAAGUUGACAAGUACCUGAGUGUAAGCAAGCGUAUGGAACUCUCAAAAAGCCUUUUAUUAACUGAAGUGCAAGUAAAAACUUGGUUUCAAAACCGAAGAACGAAGUGGAAAAAGCAACUAACGUCACGGAUUAAAAUAGCUCAAAGGCAGGGCUUAUAUAAAUGCGGAAUGUACCUCUCGGAGAUAUCAACAAGUACAACAAACUUCUCCACAUAUACAAAUUUGUAUCCCACAUUUUAUACAAACCCUCAUAACAGCUUUCUGAAACCUUUUCAGUUUAAUAGUUAGCCAUCAAAUGAAGAAAUAAAUCGAAAAAUCUCAAAA